AUGCUCACAAACUGCAGCGCAGCAAAAGGCGGCAGGGCUGCUGACGUCAGCCAUCACUGCAGACGUCAGGUAUCGCUGCAGACGUCAGGUAUCGCUGCUGACGUCAGGUAUCGCUGCAGACGUCAGGUAUCGCUGCAGACGUCAGGUAUCGCUGCUGACGUCAGGUAUCGCUGCAGACGUCAGGUAUCGCUGCAGACGUCAGGUAUCGCUGCUGACGUCAGGUGUCACUGCAGACGUCAGGUAUCGCUGCAGACGUCAGGUAUCGCUGCUGACGUCAGGUAUCGCUGCAGACGUCAGGUAUCGCUGCAGACGUCAGGUAUCGCUGCUGACGUCAGGUAUCGCUGCAGACGUCAGGUAUCGCUGCAGCUGUCAGCCAUCACUGCAGACGUCAGGUAUCGCUGCAGACGUCAGGUAUCGCUGCUGACGUCAGGUAUCGCUGCAGACGUCAGGUAUCGCUGCAGACGUCAGGUAUCGCUGCUGACGUCAGGUAUCGCUGCAGACGUCAGGUAUCGCUGCAGACGUCAGGUAUCGCUGCAGACGUCAGGUAUCGCUGCUGACGUCAGGUGUCACUGCAGACGUCAGGUAUCGCUGCAGACGUCAGGUAUCGCUGCUGACGUCAGGUAUCGCUGCAGACGUCAGGUAUCGCUGCAGACGUCAGGUAUCGCUGCUGACGUCAGGUAUCGCUGCAGACGUCAGGUAUCGCUGCAGCUGUCAGCCAUCACUGCAGACGUCAGGUAUCGCUGCAGACGUCAGGUAUCGCUGCUGACGUCAGGUAUCGCUGCAGACGUCAGGUAUCGCUGCAGACGUCAGGUAUCGCUGCUGACGUCAGGUAUCGCUGCAGACGUCAGGUAUCGCUGCAGACGUCAGGUAUCGCUGCAGACGUCAGCCAUCACUGCAGACGUCAGGUAUCGCUGCAGACGUCAGGUAUCGCUGCAGACGUCAGGUAUCGCUGCAGACGUCAGGUAUCGCUGCAGACGUCAGGUAUCGCUGCAGACGUCAGGUAUCGCUGCAGACGUCAGGUAUCGCUGCAGACGUCAGGUAUCGCUGCUGACGUCAGGUAUCGCUGCAGACGUCAGGUAUCGCUGCAGACGUCAGGUAUCGCUGCAGACGUCAGGUAUCGCUGCAGACGUCAGGUAUCGCUGCAGACGUCAGGUAUCGCUGCUGACGUCAGGUAUCGCUGCUGACGUCAGGUAUCGCUGCAGACGUCAGGUAUCGCUGCAGACGUCAGGUAUCGCUGCAGACGUCAGGUAUCGCUGCAGACGUCAGCCAUCACUGCAGACGUCAGUAUCGCUGCAGACGUCAGGUAUCGCUGCAGACGUCAGGUAUCGCUGCAGACGUCAGGUAUCGCUGCAGACGUCAGGUAUCGCUGCUGACGUCAGGUAUCGCUGCAGACGUCAGGUAUCGCUGCAGACGUCAGGUAUCGCUGCUGACGUCAGGUAUCGCUGCAGACGUCAGGUAUCGCUGCAGACGUCAGGUAUCGCUGCAGACGUCAGGUAUCGCUGCUGA